AUGGCUGCAACAUCAGCUCCUGGUCGUUCGUCAGCUCGUCCACGGCGCCUGACAGGGCUACAACGCACGCUCGCUCGAAGUCCACGUAUUUGCGUCGGCAGCAAGAUACUUUUUCACAACGGAAUGCUUCUCGAUGAGCGCAUCAAAGAUAUCGCGCACAUCGAGAAGCGUUACGUUGUCGUCUUGAAGCUUCAUGGUGGCCGACUGGAAGUCGCCAAGCUGGCACAGCAAUACAAUGAUUAUUUCGGAAUGCCUGCUGUGGACGCCUCGGAGCUCGUUGUGUUGCUGGAGAAGCUCAUGCCGUAUUCUGGGGGUCAGGGAGAUGUACACAUGGAGCAGUACGUCGACGAGUUCAUGCGACUCGUGGAUAAGAACCACGACGGCCAGAUCACCUUUGCUGAGUUCAUGCAGGCGUUGAACGAUGGCUUCCGGCUUGAGCUCGAGAUCUAUGAGAACACGACGCAGAUGAUCCCUAGCAACGCAGAUCAUCAGAUGAAUAAGGAGCCUCCGGUUCAGCAACAAGAGUGUCCUGCCUCGAUGGAUGUCUCGGACGACAGCUCGGCCGUUGAUUUGCUGGAGUCAAGCAUUGCUACGAGUGACGCACUCAUGACGCUUCCUAAUUCGGCCGUUAGAGUUCUUAUGCCUCGAUCAACGAUGUUCUUCACCCCGCCGUCUUCCUCGUCAGGUCAAGACUCACUCGCACUGAAAGCACCGAUGUUGCGCUUCUAA